UGUGUAUAUGUGCGUGCGUCGAUUCGGGCGCUGAAGUGUGAAGUCAAACUACUGUAUUGUGCCUGUGCGCUUAAUGCUUUAUACGUUUAUCUUAUUUAAUUCUUACAGUUGGUGUAUUGUUUAUUCGACAAACGGACGCGUUAUAUAUACCGAAUAUGGUUCAUUUAGCAGAACAACACUUCGGCACUUUCAACAAUGAGCCGGUCAGAAAAUUCACAUGGAGUACAGACACUGGGUUCUCUGUGUCUGUCAUAUCUUAUGGAGCUAUCAUACAAUCAAUUAAGGUUCCCGCUAAAAAUGGCGAAAUAAAGGACGUUGUUUUAGGCUUUGAUACGAUUGAAGAUUACGUCACCAAGAAUGCUCGAUUUUUUGGAUCAACUAUUGGAAGAUGUGCGAACAGAAUCCGAGGAGGAACUUUCCAGUUAGAUGGAGUUACUUAUCAGCUUGCGAAAAAUAAUGGAGAGAACCAUUUACAUGGCGGGAUUGUUGGUUUCAACAAGGUAAACUGGAACUCUACCGUGGAUGGCACGAAGGUUAUCUUCAGCUAUUACUCCAAGGAUGGUGAAGAGGGCUAUCCAGGUGAUAUGAUCGCUAACGUCAUUUAUGAAGUGGUAGACAACUCUCUUCUAGUCGAAUUCCUGGCUGUCACUCACAAGAAGACCAUAAUAAACAUGACAAACCAUUCCUACUUUAACCUAGCUGGCCAUGAUGCAGGAGCUGAUGGUCUUUACGAUCAUAUUAUUACUGUCAAUGCUGAUAGGGUCACGGAGACAUCGGCAGACAACAUACCAACUGGUCGUCUUCUGAAGGUCGGCGGCACUCCAUUUGAUCUUCGCGCACCAGUUCGACUCGGAGACGUGCUGGUGCUUCAUGAAAGGCUAUUCGAUCACAACUUUUGCGUAUCGCCUACCGGUGAGGAGCUUAACUUCGUAUCCCGCGUGGUACAUCCAUCAUCCGGACGGUAUCUCCAGGUGUACAGCAACCAGCCAGGAGUCCAGGUUUACACGAGCUACUUUCUACCAGCGCCACAAGACCAGCCAAUUGUUGGCAAACAAGGCACACCGUACCAUCGUCACGCUGCCUUCUGCCUGGAAACCCAGGUCUAUCCAGAUGCAGUGAACCAUCCACAUUUCCCCACCGUUAUUCUGAAGCCUGGGGAUGUUUAUCGCCAUAAAGUGAGAUAUGAAUUUGGAGUUACGAAUUAAUAAAAUGUAAAUUAUUAUUAUA